UUUCUGGCCCCGGCCAAGUUGGGGAAAGAACGCGAGGCAGGCUAUGCGCGGACACGCGAGGGCCGGCUGCAGCGAGAUCUGCCCUCCUACUCUCUUGUAAGUCUGCAACCUCAGCUCUAUCGCUCGCUCACACGUGCGAGCGCUGGAGCGCAGACCAUUCAGGAGGUUCCUCUGCUGUCUAAUCUCCCCCUUCGCAGCCCUCCCCCGAACGCGGGCUUGAAGAGGCGGGGUGGCUGGGGAGCGAGAGUGGAGGCCUAGGGCUUCCUCCUUUCCUCGAGGAAAGACUGAGAAAGGGGCGUGCAGCGCGGAGGCGGGGCCGGUAAGGGGUGACCCCUCCUGGGUCCGCUGGUCCAAGGAUCGAGUUCGGCACCCCUCCCCGGAGCACCCAGCGACCCAGGAGGACUUCCUCUCCCGGCCCCCGCUCCAGCAUCUCCCUCCGAACCCCCCCCCCCCAACUCCCUCAUUCCUGGGAAGUUUUCUCUCUUUACAGUCAACAAACCUGUCAAACGUCUCCCUUCCAGCCCGUCCCCCAUUCCCCAGCUCCUCUCCACCACCCCCCACUCCUCUCCACCCUGCUUCCCCGCCCCUCCUUGCCCCCGACUCUGGGCGGCGGCGGGGGGCUCCCAGUCCGCGAGAGGGGAAGGAAAGGGGCAAGGCAGGCGGGUCCCGCAGCCACGGGCGCUCUAGGGCUCCGCCCCGGGACCUCGCACCCUCCCUCAGCAGAGCUCCGUGCCUGCAGCCCCGGGGCGCACGGCUCUCUCCCGAGAGUCCCGCCGCCUGACUGUCGCAACUGCCACCCCACAGCCCCCCUGCCCCCGCCCCCGCCCGGGCCCCGCUCCCCUCCCACCCCCGCCCCCGGCUCUGAUUUCUUCUCCCGAGCGAGCUCGGCGGGAGACACAGGCGCUGGCUGCCCCGUCCGCUCUCAGCCUCCGCCGCGCCCUCCUCGCCCGCGAUGGGCCCCCCCGCCGCCGCCGGAGCCAUCGCCUCCCGGCCGCCGCAGCCGCCACCGCCGCGCUCGCCCUGAAGCCCGCGCCCCCGCGCGCACCGGCUGGCCCCGCAGCCUCGCCCCCUACCGCACGGGCCGGCGGCAGAGUGCUCAAGAUGCUGCCGCCCGCGCCCUCCCUCCUCCGGCUGCUGCUGCUGCUGCUCCUGUGUCCCGCGCACGUCGGUGGACUGUGGUGGGCGGUGGGCAGCCCCCUGGUCAUGGACCCCACCAGCAUCUGCAGGAAAGCACGGCGGCUGGCAGGACGGCAAGCCGAGCUGUGCCAGGCGGAGCCAGAAGUGGUGGCGGAGCUAGCCCGGGGCGCCCGGCUUGGGGUGCGAGAGUGCCAGUUCCAGUUCCGUUUCCGCCGCUGGAACUGCUCCAGCCACAGCAAGGCCUUUGGGCGCAUCCUGCAGCAGGACAUCCGGGAGACGGCCUUCGUGUUUGCGAUUACUGCUGCGGGCGCCAGCCACGCGGUUACGCAGGCCUGCUCUAUGGGUGAGCUGCUGCAGUGCGGCUGCCAGGCACCCCGCGGGCGGGCCCCGCCCCGCCCCUCGGGUCUGCCGGGCACCCCCGGGCCCCCGGGCCCCGCCGGCUCCCCCGAUGGCAGCGCCGCCUGGGAGUGGGGAGGCUGCGGCGACGACGUGGACUUCGGGGACGAGAAGUCGAGGCUCUUCAUGGAUGCGCGGCACAAGCGGGGUCGCGGAGACAUCCGUGCCUUAGUGCAACUUCACAACAAUGAGGCGGGCCGGCUGGCCGUGCGGAGCCAUACGCGCACCGAGUGCAAGUGUCACGGGCUGUCGGGCUCGUGCGCGCUGCGGACCUGCUGGCAGAAGCUGCCCCCGUUCCGCGAGGUGGGCGCGCGGCUGCUCGAGCGCUUCCACGGCGCCUCGCGUGUUAUGGGAACCAACGACGGCAAGGCUCUGCUGCCCGCGGUCCGCACUCUCAAGCCGCCUGGCCGCGCCGACCUCCUCUACGCAGCCGACUCGCCCGACUUCUGCGCUCCCAACAGGCGCACCGGCUCGCCCGGCACGCGUGGCCGCGCCUGCAACAGCACCGCUCCGGACCUCAGCGGCUGCGACCUGCUGUGCUGCGGCCGCGGGCACCGCCAGGAGAGCGUGCAACUCGAGGAGAACUGCCUGUGCCGCUUCCAUUGGUGCUGCGUCGUUCAGUGCCAUCGCUGUCGCGUGCGCAAGGAGCUCAGCCUCUGCCUCUGACGCGCCACCCGGCGUCUGCGGGACUUCUGGACCCCAGCGGGGGCUCUGCCCACCUUCUCCUGGCCACAGGCCAUUUCCCAUGCCUCCGGAAGCUGAGAGGCGAUGGGGCUGGAGAUACAUGGCUGCCCAGGAAGGCCCAGGGGGCUGGAGAACAGCACACCCCCGACCCACAGGGAGCGCUCUGGAGGGCUUCCGGGAUGAGGCUACGCAGUCCCUCUCGCCCUUUGGUCCCUAUAUGGAAACCAAAGAGCCAGUCUCUAGGCCUCUGGAUGCAGGACUCCUUAGAACUGUUGGCCAUGGGGUGGGUGAGUGAGUUUCGUAUCAAUAAAAGUAUUUAAACCAAUAGGACUGGGCCCACAGUUUGGGAGGGGAGCUGGGCUCCCUGGGGGGCUGCCAUGGGGCCAGGCUUCUGGAGGAGUGUGUAAAGGAAGCUGGUUUUGACAGAACUAACAUCCUUAGGUCCCUGUCUUCUCACCUAUUGGAUUAGGCUCUCCUGGUCACCUGGUGAUGAGCCAUUCUUGUCACAUUUCUCAGCCUGGAUCUGUCUGCAAGCUGGGGAAGACCUAAGCCAUCCCUCUUUAAAGGAACAGAUUGAACAGGUCUAGGAAAGCAGACCAGAAGCCUCCGGUAGUGUACUUAGCCCUCAGAUCAGCCCUCAUCUUAGUUCUGGGGGACUGUGACACUUUCAUCUGCUCUUCUGUUUCUGUGGCCCCUGAGGAAUUC